UUUGUUGGGGAGCUGUCGUGUUUAGAAAAUCAGGAUUAGGUGCAGGAUUGUCAAACGUCUCCUGGUUUGUUCAAGCUAUUGUGUUGUGUGGCAAAGAGGCUAGCUGCUGGCCCACCGCACUCAGACAAUGUCGUCGGAAAACCUCGACUCGGACACCCAGGUGGAGUACGAGGACGAAAAACAGGACUCGCAGGAGAAGAAUGCAAACCCAGUGAAGGCAGAGGAAGCUAAGCUGAAGGCUAAGUAUCCUGGCCUUGGUCAGAAGCCCGGAGGAUCAGACUUCCUGAUGAAGAGGCUACAGAAAGGGCAAAAGUAUUUUGACUCAGGAGACUACAACAUGGCCAAAGCUAAGAUGAAGAACAAGCAGCUUCCUGUGGCUGGACCCGAGAAGAACCUGGUAACUGGCGACCACAUCCCAACGCCGCAGGAUCUGCCAAGGACAAGGAAGUCGUCCUUGGUGACCAGCAAGCUAGCUGGCUAGCCUUCGUCAUCCCAGAAGCAUCUUCGUCCCUCUCCCCCAGGACUCCACCUCACCUAUGUUCCCAACUUGUCCACCCCUCCCCUCCUCUUUCCCCCUUUUUCUUCCCAAUACACCACUGGCUUUAAAAUAUUGGGCAGAGUUGUUUAAACCCCCAUUCUGCUUGUAUGUCGCUGGGUUGGGCCGGGCUGGGCUGGGUGGUUGUGCUGGUGGUGGUUCAGGUGGCCAUAAGGCUGCAGCCCUCUCUGCCUUUGCACCAUGCACAGCUCUGUUCCGUCUGCACACUCUGCUCCACCGCCUCCCUUACAUCUUGGUUUUCAGUUUUCCAAGAUAUAUUACAGUCGGUGUGUCAUCAGGCCGCGUUGGAGGGGGGGUGAUUUAAUGCACUUUGUUUUCUGUAUAGUGUGUUUAGUUCUCUUUUUAUUGCAUUCUGAAUGACACCAAAAUAAUGAGCGUAGAGGCGUUAGGAACGGAAGCUGCAGUUUGCUCUUUUCUCUGCCAGUGGCUGACUUCAGCAGUGGGGGGGAGUGUUGGAAGAAGUACGUGAAUAGUUGCUUGCACACCAAAUUGAAGAGGGGGGGGGGUUGACCCCCUGUUGGGAAAUGAUAGGAGUGUAUGUGGCAUCUCACAUGUCAGUCACUUCUUAUCAGAGAGCCUGAGGUCAUCUGCUGCAGCUCAGACAAAAAAGGACAGAAAACUUUUUCUUUUCGUCUCCCUCUGCUGAUGUCAUCCUCUCCCCUUUUGCUCUUGUUCUCGCUAAAUACGCUGCAUGAUUCCCUAAAUGACACCGAAUCUAAAUGUUCGAAUGGCAGUGGGACAUCUGCUUAUUGAUUUAGAGUGAAUAUAAAAACAAACAUUGUCCUGACAAUCCAUUUACAUGCACACAUAUUUGCAGUCCAGGGUGUUUGUCGUUCGGAGGGAGUCUUGCCGUUCUCAGUCUUUGUUCAUCUGCCGUUGAAGCUGCAUGUAGGCAGAAUUUAUUCUAGCCGAAGGAUUUAGCAGGGGGGCAGAAAAACAACUCCACAUAAAGUAUACACUUUGUUAAAUCAACCUUACGGCUCGUAAUUCGCAUUAACCUUAGUGCUUUGAGGUCUAGUCCAGAUAGCAUGCCUUAGAGAAUCAAGAGCGCAGAAUCAACUUUUUUGGGAUUAUACUGCUGAAUUUUAUGCUACAAGAAGCUUUGCUUUAACAAUAACAACAAAAAUCCACACACUCUAGCUAUCAGACCUCAAAGCCUUCAGCAGACUCUCAAAGUGACUUUUAGCUUGUAAUUAUCUGAUGAAGCAGAAUGCGGAGGAUUCACAGAUCUUUUCUGGCUGUCUCGAAAUGUUUGAUCCAAUUCUUCUUUGUCUGUGUUCAUUCAUUAAAGUCCAUUUGAGGAGACAAAAGUAAGCAUUGUGGAGCGCAAUUGAUUAGAGCGAUUCUGAAAGCAAUUUAUACGACUUUCGAAAUGUUUAUCAUCAUCUCACAUCAAAGUCUCUUUGGCAACUUAACCCAUUUCAAAGAAACUACAAAUUUUAAACACUAAUUAAGAAAUGAUGUUUACUUUCCCAGAUUUGUUGCUGAAAUAUAAAGCUCUACUGCCUGCACCUUGCAGAGUUUUCCUCCCAAACUGACUUUCUGUUAUCAGGGUAUCUGUGUUUAAACAGCGUGUUACCUGAUAGGCAUAGCUUUAAAAGGCCUGGCAGGCUUUAAGUCAAUUGCACCGCACCUACAAGAGCACAUUUAACUAAGCAGGGCAAGGUUUUAUAACACAUGAUGAGGGGGCAAAGUAUGAGCAGGAACAAUGUGCUCAAGUCCCACCUCUUACCAGGACAUAGCUUGUAAAACAGGUGAAGUGUGAUCAUAGCAUCUCAAGAGACUUUGAAUGUGCUCCCUACACACAAGUCAAGAAUUUGAACUGGAUAUGUGCACUUAAUCAAGGAAAAUUCAUGUAUAUUAACUGCUUCAGGGAACUUUCACAAACUGACACUCCACCAUGUAGGCUGAACCCACCACAUCUGCAACCUCACUUUUUAAUGUGUCAAAUUUGCAGUGUGUGAAAGAGAAACGACACGUGUGUGUGAUAUUGUUAUGGUGCUGUAUGAAUGCAACACUUUUCUUUGUCUUGUAAAUAGACUUCAACAGGAUUGAACUUUUGUUGUUUCCCACCUGCUUUUUUUUUUUUUUUUUGUAGCCUGAGCUAUUUCUGAUUCAGUGGUUCCUCUCUUCUGCCAGUUUUAACACUACUUCUGCUGUAUAUCUGUGUUCUGCAGAGGCUAUGUGAAUCUGUAUGAUAUGAAAAUGUGUGUAAAUGCUGCUGAUUCAAAGACAAAUCUAAAAACAUGCCCUGUAAAGAAUGCUUGCCCUCUUUGGUUUGACUGUGUGACUCCCUUUUUUUAAUUUCCUCUCAACAUUUUACUUUCAGAAUAGCGAAGCUUCUGAAGUAAAGUCUGUUCGAUAAAAGACUGUUUUUAACUAUCAGUGUCUAGAGCUGGGAAAGGUGGAAAUACUUUUGCCAUGUUGAUUAGAAAAAACUUAAUAUUUAGCAGUAUUUGGUUUAAAAUGUACAGUUUGUGCUUUCAGAAUAAAAUGAUUUGUUGGGGAAAAAAAUGCAUAAAAGUUUAGAGGGGCUAUUCACUGCUUUGCAGAGGGCAAACUAAAGAAAACUGACUAGGCAUGUUUUAAACCUCACAAAUAGGGUGUGUCAUCCAGGAAAGAAAUACGUGCCAGAAUGUAUAAACAAAUGACAGGCUAUGUACUCUGAAUUACAUUUUCUCUUUGUUUUUUGUUGUUUUGCAAGCAGAUGUUUAUCAUUUUUUGUUGUGUUCAUUUAUUGCAUAAUUGGUAUAUUUCAUCAUAUUUCUGGCCCGAGACAGCUGCAGGGAGGUCAGAAGCACCCUUCCUUCUUAAAUAUAGGGGGUUUACAUGGCGAGGAUCACUGGAGAACAAAGGAAAGUUUUUGACACUUCAGAAAGUACAGGGCUAUUUGGAAUGUUUGUUGUGUGGAAGCUGGUGAAAGGAUUUUUGUCAGUAUUUGAAAUA